GCGUUAAUUGCAUACAAUUCGAUCUGCCGCAAGUACGUGAGGUGAAUCUCAAUGGUUUAUAUAGUUUCGUGGGACGAGUUCGUAGAACAAUCUGUUCAGCUUUUUCGAGCUGAUCCCGAAUCUACAAGAUAUGUGGUAAAGUAUAGACACUGUGAUGGUAAGUUGGUCCUCAAGGUUACUGAUAACAAACAGUGUCUGAAGUUCAAGACAGACCAAGCGCAAGAAGCAAAGAAGAUGGAGAAACUCAAUAACGUUUUCUUCACCCUCAUGUCCAGAGGACCUGAUUUUGAUCUUUCUGAGGUGAACGGGAAAGAACAGAUGGAGACACAGCCUGUGAAGAAAGGAAGAGGAAGGAAGCAAUAAGCUCUCAUCUUUCUCUUUUUCUUUUUUUCUGGGUAUCAAGUUUUUGAUCCUUUUUUGGUAUAUUUUGAGAUGGAGAUUGUGAUGGUAGGAUUAUCAAAUGUGUGUAUUUGAACAAAAUGUUACUUUAUAAUACUAAUUUGGAUAUGAAUAAAAUAUUCUCCAGAACUGAUGAUUU